GCUGGGUAUUAUGGGAUACCGCAAAGUUAUUGCUGUUUUCAAGAUGGCGACAUCCUUAGGUUCUAAUACAUAUAACAGGCAGAACUGGGAGGAUGCAGACUUUCCCAUUCUUUGCCAGACAUGCCUUGGAGAAAAUCCCUACAUUCGUAUGACCAAAGAAAAAUAUGGCAAAGAAUGCAAAAUUUGUGCCAGGCCUUUCACAGUGUUCAGGUGGUGUCCAGGAGUACGAAUGCGAUUCAAGAAGACAGAAGUGUGUCAGACAUGUAGCAAGUUAAAAAAUGUGUGCCAGACCUGUCUGCUAGACCUGGAAUAUGGCUUACCAAUUCAGGUUCGAGAUGCCGGUCUCUCCCUCAAAGACGACAUACCUAAAUCUGAUGUAAAUAAGGAGUUUUACACUCAAAACAUAGAAAGAGAGAUUCAGUCUUCAGAUGGGACAAGACCAGCUGGUGCACUUGGGAAAGCCAUUGCACCAAGCGACAUGUUGUUGAAGUUGGCUAGAACUACCCCAUACUACAAAAGGAACCGACCACAUAUAUGUUCAUUUUGGGUGAAAGGUGAAUGUAAGCGAGGAGAGGAGUGUCCUUACAGACAUGAAAAGCCUACAGAUCCAGAUGAUCCUUUGGCCGAUCAGAACAUAAAAGAUCGUUAUUAUGGUAUUAAUGACCCUGUAGCAGACAAAUUGUUGAAACGAGCCUCUGCUAUGCCUCGUUUAGACCCUCCAGAUGACAAAUCGAUCACAACACUCUAUAUAGGUGGUUUGGGAGAUACAAUCACUGAGACAGAGCUCAGAAACCAUUUUUACCAGUUUGGAGAAAUCCGGUCUAUAACAGUAGUACAACGACAGCAGUGUGCUUUCAUUCAGUUUGCUACACGGCAUGCUGCUGAACUGGCUACUGAGAAAUCCUUCAACAAACUAAUUAUCAAUGGACGCAGACUUAAUGUUAAGUGGGGAAGGUCUCAGGCAGCAAGAGGAAAGGAAAAGGAAAAAGAAGGCAUUACAGAAUCUGGAGUUAAACUGGAGCCUGUGCCAGGACUACCUGGAGCUCUUCCUACUCCAACUACAGUUGAAGAAGGAGGCCCUGCUAAUUAUUUUAACCUACCCCCAAGUGCUCCUGCGACAGUGGUGAACAUCGGGCUUCCUCCUCCUCCUGGAAUAGCAGCACCACCCCCAGGUUUUGUGCCUCCAAUGUUUCACACAAUUGGGCCACCUCCCCCUCCUCCUUUUAUAAGAGCAACUGGACCUAUUCAUUACCCCUCUCAAGAUCCUCAGCGAAUGGGUGCUAAUGCUGGGAAACCUGAAAGCAGCUAACCUGCUGUCAUUUCAGAUGUUGGAAAACAAUGUGAAUAUUUUUGUUGUUGGGUAAAAUUUGAACCUGCAGUUAUCUUGAGGCAAGAACAUUUUCAGUGUUGUAAAAUAAAAAUGUAUAUUCGGGUAGCCUUGUUCACAUCUAAGAUUUGGGUGAUGUAGCUCUUUUUCAGGUAUUACCUGGCAAGUUCAUCAUUCUGUGCUGUAAGGUUUAUUUUCACAGACAGUAUGGUUGCAUUUUAUACUUGGCUGCAUCCUCUGAGUCUGACUUAAAUGCUGUUCUUUCCCAUGGACAGCAAAGGAAGGUUUGCAGUAAUUUUUAAUGCUAUAUUACCAGCCAGUUUGAGAGUACCAUUUGCUACCGAAGACGUCUAUCUGCAGCAGUGUCCUGGAAUAUAUUCUCUGUAUGUGGGGAUAGUUUUAACUGGUAACCUACUUAAUUAGAUGUAUCUAAUGCUAGGUAAAUCAUCAACUUUUUUAGUGAAUUGGAAAUGGCAAAUGAAAUUUUUUUUAUAAUGGCUUUCACACUUUACAGUUUAUUAACAAAUGUACAUGGAAACCUAAAUGAGCUUGUCUGUGUCUCAUUACAAUAAAACUGUUCCUAUGCAGCAAGUACUGCUUGAGGUAAAUGCAGUAGUGGUGUUCCUUGAUUCCGUGGCUGCUGUAUGUAUGGCCAGUAUAUUCAAGACUGCUGUCUACCAAGCAAAAUGCAUUGCACGAAUGUGUUCCACACUUGUUCAACACUUGUGACAUAUCCCUUUUAAGAAUGCCCUACUGGCUUGUAUAUUGGAGUAGUCUGAGCUUCAGAGUAGAGUACAGUGUUACAGGCUGAUUUUAGUGUAGCCAGACUGUGUACACUUUUUAGAUUUUAUUGUCAUGUUUAAGGAAAUGAUUAAAUAGCUGUUAUUUGUUCAUUAUACCAAGUUUCACAUUAUGUUAAGAGUUCCUUAAUCUCCUGCCUGUUUAUUUCAUUUAAAUAAAUAUACACAGCUGUUAGUUUACGUCUGUAUUCUGCCAGAUUCUCUUUAUGGCUGUAGAAAUAGUAACUAUUUCCAUCUGGACUGCUUUUAUUGUCUAAGUGUGUUCUUGGACAGUGGAAAGUUAAACUACUUAAAACAAAUCAACUUUAGAUCAUGUUCUCAUCAAUUACAAGCCUAUUUUAUUUUCUCAGAAGUUGCUGCCUGUGGAUUCUUUAGGAAGGUUUAAGAAUUAUACGCAAGCUUCUUCGGAUUCUCCCAUUUUUGGCAGAACUGUGUGUACAUCUGUGAAAUGCGAAUGUCAGAACAUUUUAAAUGUAUCCUCUGUUCUUAAUACAGAUUCCUUUAACUUC